GGAGGAGCUCUGACGUCACAAUUCAUUUCUUGUGGCUCCGCAGUGCUGCUGUGGAGCUGAUAAACCUCUGUAAGAAGCUGCAGGAAGGAUUUAUACUUUUACACUUCUCCAUUCUUCUUCUUCUUCUUCUUCUCCUUCUUCUUCUUCUCCUUCUUCUUCUUUCUCUCUGUCUCUUUCUCUCUUUGUCUCCAUGCGGGUCUCUCUCCUCCACCACCAGAGCAACCAGCGGGCCUUCCUGUAGCCGCCGCCCCGGCCUCCCUCUCCCUCCGGCCGGCGGAGCCUCCCAGCUGAGCCCCGCUGAGGUGGCCUGGUUCCCGGGGAGAGAGAUGCUGUAGAGCAGCCGGUGGUAGGAGGAGGAAGAAGAUGCUUCUUCAGGACUGAAGAGAGAGCAGAAAGCAGGAAAGAUGUCCGGCAGGAUGCCUCUGACCCCGGUGAGCGAGAGAGAGUCUGAGCAGCCAAAGACGUCAGACGGCCUCCCCGAGCCGCCGGCCCCGCCCACCAAAUCAUCGAGCCGCCACAGUCUGCCGCCAUGCCGCAGCGCCGUGACGUCCCUCACAGACGAACAGCCGCACGUCGGCAACUACCGCCUGCUGAAGACCAUCGGCAAGGGCAACUUCGCCAAAGUCAAACUGGCCAAACACACACUGACGGGCCGAGAGGUCGCCAUCAAGAUCAUCGACAAAACUCAGCUGAACCCCACCAGUCUGCAGAAGCUCUUCAGGGAGGUCAGUGUGAUGAAGAUCCUCAACCACCCAAACAUUGUGAAGCUGUUUGAGGUGAUUGAGACGGAGAAAACUCUGUACCUGGUGAUGGAGUACGCCAGCGGAGGUGAAGUCUUUGACUACCUGGUUGCUCACGGACGAAUGAAGGAGAAGGAAGCCAGAGCCAAGUUUCGCCAGAUUGUGUCUGCAGUGGAGUACUGUCACCAGAAGAGGAUUGUACACCGAGACCUCAAGGCAGAGAACCUGCUGCUGGACGCCGACAUGAACAUUAAGAUCGCAGACUUUGGCUUCAGUAAUGAGUUCACGAUGGGCAGCAAGCUGGACACCUUCUGUGGAUCUCCUCCUUACGCUGCUCCUGAACUCUUCCAGGGGAAGAAGUACGAUGGGCCGGAGGUGGACGUCUGGAGUCUGGGAGUGAUUCUGUACACGCUGGUCAGCGGCUCGCUGCCCUUCGACGGACAGAACCUCAAGGAGCUGAGGGAGCGUGUUCUCAGAGGAAAGUACCGGAUUCCCUUCUAUAUGUCGACUGACUGUGAGAACCUGCUGAAGAAGCUGCUGGUGCUGAACCCGGGGAAACGAGGCAGCCUGCAGCAAAUCAUGAAGGAUCGAUGGAUGAACGUCGGCUACGACGAGAAGGAGCUGAAAACAUACAACGAACCAGAACAAGAUUUCAACGACCUCAAACGCAUCGAACUGAUGGGGACGAUGGGCUUCCCCCAGGAGGAAGUGACGAAGGCGCUGGAGGGUCAGAAAUACAACGAGGUGACGGCGAUAUACCUGCUGCUGGGGAGGAAACAGGCUGAGUGUGAAGGCAGUGAGUCUUUGUCCAGCAGUAGCCUGGUUCACAGGUCACGACCGAGCAGCGACCUCAACGGCUCCAGUCAGUCCCCCGCACACUCUCGCAACGUAUCGGCCAAUCAGAAGCAGCGCCGUUUCAGCGACCAUGUGGCGCCCUCUAUCCCCCCACCUGUCUCCUACACAAAGCGUGGUCAUGCCAACAGCGUAGAGAGCGACAGGAAGGAAGAGCCAGCGUCACCAUCGGGACCUCCAGACCGCAGGAGGUCAGCCACCGCCUCAGGGAACAUAACUCGGAGGAACACGUAUAUUCACGAGAGGACGAGCACUGAUCGCCACUCGACUGCUCUUCCCAACGGGAAGGACAGCAGUCUACCUGAGGUACCUGCUGCAUCCCCCUCCCCAUCGCCGGGGGCAACUGUCUCCUCCACACGCCCCCGCCAUGUCAAGUCCAUGUCAGCGUCGGGACAUCCAAUGAAGUCCUGUCUGCCCCCCAUUGACGACAACGCGGAGUACCAGAGCUCCCCCCAGCAGCCUCCGUCAUCACCUUCCGCCUUUAGCAUCACCAGCAGCAGCAGCACCACUCCGGACCGGACCCGCUUCCCCCGCGGCUCCUCCAGCCGCUCCACCUUCCACGGCGCUCAGCUUCGAGACCGACGACCCGCCACCUACAACGGCCCGCCGGCCUCACCCAGUCUGUCGCAUGCUGCAGCAUCGCUGUCCACGCCCCGCCGCGGCACCUCCACCUCCCUCAUCGGGAAAUUCACCUCCAAGUUUGUACGCAGGAGUUUAUCAGGUGAGCCCAAAGAGGAGGGGCGGGACUCCAAGCCUCGUGCCCUGCGCUUCACCUGGAGCAUGAAGACCACGUCCUCCAUGGAGCCGGGGGACAUGAUGAAGGAGAUCCGGAGGGUCCUGGACGCCAACAACUGUGACUACGAGCAGCGCGAGCGCUACUCGCUGUUCUGCGUGCACGGCGACGCCCGGCAGGACAGCCUGGUCCAGUGGGAGAUGGAGGUGUGCAAGCUGCCCCGCCUCUCGCUCAACGGCGUGCGCUUUAAACGGAUCUCUGGCACGUCCAUCGCCUUCAAAAACAUCGCCUCCAAAGUGGCCAACGAGCUCAGGCUGUGAACAACUUCCAGUUAUUAUCAAAGGAGAAUACCUCUCUGGACGUCUUCUUCUUCACAGAAUGACGCCCCACCAAGUGACGGCGGCCUUCUUGUGUUCAGCACCUCGCUAACUGCUGUAUGACUCAGAGAACAUACACGUUAUUAUACUCAACACACUUACUAUUUAAUGUUAUCACUAAAUGUUUGCCAGUGAAACCAAAUAUUAAAGCUGAUGGUGCAGAUAUUCAGCAGGUUGUGGUUCAUCCCUCAGUGAUGAGAUCCAGAACAAACACCAGGGCUAAUGAUGAUGUUUCCAUCUGUCACUACCUGCUGGAGCGACACUUUGUUGGUUUGUCACUGUUUACAUGCACUUCAGAUUUUUCCAAAACCUUGGAAACUGAAUUUUGAAACAUCAUGUAAAGUGGAAACAGGUCAAGCGGAUUGAAGCUGAUUACACAGGUAGAGUUUUGUUGGAGAAACCUGACGAGUCUUUUACUGGGUUUCCACAUUUAGUUUGGGACCAAGUGAUUUAAGAGCCAGAACAGUAAAGUAGCUGUAUGCAGCAGUGUGUUGAGGGAAAUGUGAAGACCAAACUCUAUGUAAUCUGGAAUUUUAGAGUAAUAUCAUUGCCGUGCAUGUAAAUUCAGUUUUUUUUUUUUUUUAUCUUAACCUGAUUGCUAACAGUAAUCUGGUCUCUGGAGUGCAAGUAAACAGCCAGUGAAACAUGACCUCUGCUCUACCUGCGCAACUCUCCUGGUGCAAGAGUAGAACAGCCAGCUGUGUGUGUACAUGUUACAGAACCAGAAUCAGCUGUAUUGGCCACAUGUGAACACAGUAGGGCUGUCAAACGAUUAAAAUAGUUAAACGCGAUUAAUCGUAAAUUAAUCACACAUUUUUUUAUCUGUUGAAAAUGUACCGUAAAGGGAGAUUUGUCAAGUAUUUAAUACUC